AUGGUGAUCGAGGACAAGAAAUACUCGUUCGACCGCGACCUGGUCGGGUACGGCCAGCAGGGGCGAAACGCCGAGUGGCCCGGCGGAGCGCGCAUCGCGGUCAGCAUCUGUGUCAACUACGAAGAAGGCGCCGAGUCGACCGUGUUGAACGGAGAUGUUCAAUCAGAGACCCUGAACUGGGAAAAAGGUAUUAACUCAAAAUCUCUCCCCCAAAUCGCCAUAGUCCUGGAUACCGGUGGUCCCGCCUUCGUCAACGCCCGCCAACCCAACGUCGAGUCCGAGUACGCGUACGGCGCGCGCGCGGGCAUCUGGCGCCUACUGCGCAUCUUCGCCGAGCACUCGCACCCCUUCACGCUGCUCGCCGUCGGCCAGGCGCUGGAGAUGAACCCGAGUGUGGCCAAGGCGUGCGUCGCCGCGGGCCACGAGAUCGCCGGCCACGGGUACCGCUGGAUCGACUGUCGCGACAUGUCGCCCGAGGAAGAAAAGGACAAGGUCAAGCGCGCGAUCAGGGCGAUCCAGAGCACCGCCGGCGUGGACCCCGCGGGCUGGUACGUCGGGCGGAUCAGCCCGAACAGCGUCGGCGUGGUGUGGGAGGCGUUUGCCGAGAUGGGCCUGCAGUUGAAGUGGCAGAGCGACUUUUACGCCGACGACGUGCCCGUCUGGACGGAUCUCCCCCCUGAAUUGGCGAGGGUGCAGGAAGAACUCCAUCACCUCCAAGAAAAAGGCGACAAGCCCAAAGAGGGCCUCCUCCACGUCCCCUACUCGUACGACUGCAACGACAUGAAAUUCCACUUCGCGGCCGACGGGUUCGGCGGCGCCUCCUUCUACCAGUACCUCGUCGACGCGUUCGACAUGCUCUACGAAGAAGGCGGCAAGAUGAUGUCGAUCGGCAUCCACGCGCGCAUCGUCGGCAAGCCUGCCCGUGCCAGGCAGUUCCAGCGGUUUUUGAGCUAUAUCGCCUCCAAGCCGGACGUGUGGGUGUGUACGCGGGCCGAGAUCGCGGAGCACUGGAGACGGCGGUUCCCCUAUCAACCCGCGUCUGUGAAGGACUGA